AUGCUUCCCAGAGGAGCAGAAGCUCAGGACUGGCACUCGGACAUGCAGCUGACAGGCAAGGUGAUGUUAUCGGCCGCUGCCCUGCUCCUGCUGACCGCAGCCUACAGACUGUACAAGUCGAGGCCUGCCCCAGCUCCGCAGCAGGGUGGGAACGCGGAAGCUGAAGCCCAAGAGGAAGCAGAGGGCACGAGACAGCCUGUCACUCAGGGGGCUUCUCCUGGGGCACUGCAGAGGGUGCCGAGACGCCGCCGGAGGGUGAGCAAAGGGGCUGGAGCACCCCUGGACUGCAGCUGGGAUAAUCUGGGAGGCUCCUGCCUCCUGGCAACAGAGGCCACCUCCAGAGACAAGCCCCGGAGAAAAGGCUCUGGCCAGGAGUCGGGGGAGCAGCGUCCAGACUCUGAGCAGGUGCCUCCUCACUGCUGCAGCCAGGAAGCCGGAACAGCUCUUGGCGGUAAGCCCGGCCCUCCCCACUGCCCCCAUUUGGGCUGUGAACCCAAACUCUCCCCCACUGGACUCACAGUGGAUGGCAGCUGUGUGGGUGGUGAGCCUGCCCCAUGGCAGGGCAUUGGAUCCCCCAAGCAGCCAUUGCCCGGGAAGCUGGGACCUGCCCACCAGCUCUGCACAGCCACUGAGGAGGGCAACGGUAACAUGAACGAGAGCUGGGUCUUCACCCGUGUGACGGGGGUCAGCAGGGAAGAGGUGGGGGCUCUCCAGGCUGCCUCAGAUGUGGGCCUGUCAUUGCAUCAGCAGGAGGGGCCCACCAAUGCCGCCUACACCUUCUCAUCCGUGGCUCGAGUCCGGAUGGAAGAGAACUUCAUCCAGAAGGUGGAGGGGGUCGGGCCCAGGUUGAAGGGCAAGGUGUAUGACUACUACGUGGAAUCCACCUCUCAGGCCAUCUCCAGGGAAAGGCUGGCCCCCAGGACAGCCCUGGCUGAGGCUCCAUCCCCUGGACCACUGCCCAGGCCCAUGGGAACAGGGGUAGCCUCCCCAGGUCAACUCAAAGACUCAGAAGGUGGACCUGAAGCAGCUGCCUCCUCCCAGCCUGAGCCAUGUCCCUCCAUCCGAGGUUUUAGCAGGAAGGACAGCCUCCUGCAGAUAGCAGAGAACCCAGAGCUGCAGCUGCAGCUACAGCCUGGUGUCUUCGGUGUCCCCACUCCACCCUGCCCAGACCACGGCAGGGAGCCCCAUGUGCAGCUUGUGGCGGGAACCAAUUUCUUUCACAUCCCACUCACUCCCGCUUCAGACCCAGAUGUCCACCUGGAUCUGGGCAAUUGCCAUGAGGUGCUGACCUUGGCCAAGAGGCAGAACCUGGAGGCCCUGAAGGAGGCGGCCUACAAGGUGAUGAGCGACAACUACCUUCAGGUGCUGCGCAGCCCCGAGGUCUACGGGUGCCUGAGCGGGGCUGAGCGGGAGCUGAUCCUCCAGCGACGCCUCAGGGGCCGUAAGUACCUGGUGGUAGCUGACAUGUGCCCCCAGGAGGACUCCGGCUGCCUCUGUUGCUAUGACGAUGAGAGGGAUGUCUGGCACCCGCUGGCCCAGCUGCCCCCCGAGGCUGUGUCCCGGGGCUGUGCCAUCUGCAGUCUCUUCAAUUAUCUCUUCGUGGUGUCCGGCUGCCGCGGGUCCGGGCGCCAGCCCUCCAACCGCGUCUUCUGCUACAACCCGCUGACCGGGAUCUGGAGCGAAGUGUGCCCACUGAACCAGGCCCGGCCGCACUGCCGGCUGGUGGCCCUGGACGGGCACCUGUACGCCAUCGGGGGUGAGUGUCUGAACACGGUCGAGCGUUAUGACCCUCGCCUGGACCGCUGGGCCUUUGCCCCGCCGCUCCCCAAUGACACGUUCGCGCUGGCGCACACAGCCACGGCGUGUGCCGAUGAGAUCUUCGUCACCGGCGGCACCCUGCGGUAUCUGCUGCUCCGCUUCUCCGCCCAGGAGCAGCGCUGGUGGGCCGGCCCCACCGGUGGCAGCAAGGACCGCACGGUGGAGAUGGUGGCGGUCAACGGUUUUCUCUACCGCUUUGACCUCAACCGCAGCCUGGGCAUCGGUGUGUACCGCUGCAGCGCCAGCACCCGGCUCUGGUAUGAGUGUGCCACGUACCGGACGCCCUACCCGGACGCCUUCCAGUGCGCCGCGGUGGACAACCUCAUCUACUGUGUAGGGCGCCGGCGCACACUCUGCUUCCUGGCCGACUAUAUCUCGCCCAGGUUUGUGUCCAAGGAGCUGCAGAGCUUCCCCACCCCGCAGGGCACCCUCCUGCCUGCGGUCCUGACCUUGCCCACCCCCGAUCUGCCCCACACCAGGGUGUAG